AUGACGGUAGCACUAAUUCACCACUGCACUAUUCUGUUGCAGUUCUAUACAACGACUGAGGAACUAACAACUGAAAAAACAACUCAGAAGCCUUAUAAUACAACCCCUCCCAUUCCGUCAGGAAUACCAACCACUUCACCUCAGGAACCGACGACCAAUAAAACAACCCAGGCACCGACAAUUACUACAACAAUUUGGGAACCGACAUCCAUCAAUGCAACAACACAGGCACAUACAACAAUCACUGUAACUCAGGAACCCUUAACAUCAACCACUAAAACAACUCAGGAACCCACAACAACCACAACACCAACUCAUGAACAAAUAACCACAACCAUUACAACAACUCAGGAACCCACAACAACAGCCACUACAACAACUCAGGAACCCACAACAACAACCACUACAACAACUCAGGAACCCAUAACAACAACCACUACAACAACUCAGGAACCCACAACAACCACUACAACAACUCAGGAACCCACAACAACAACCACUACAACAACUCAGGAACCCAUAACAACAACCACUACAACAACUCAGGAACCCACAACAACCACUACAACAACUCAGGAACCCACAACAACAACCACUACAACAACUCAGGAACCCACAACAACCGCUACAACAACUCAGGAACCCAUAACAACAACCACUACAACAACUCAGGAACCCAUAACAACAACCACUACAACAACUCAGGAACCCACAACAACCACUACAACAACUAAGGAACCCACAACAACCACUACAACAACUCAGGAACCCACAGCAACAACCACUACCUUAACUCAUGAACCAAUAACCACAACCACUACAACAACUCAGGAACCCAUAACAACAACCACUACAACAAUCACUACUACUCAGGAAUCCAUAACCACUUCGACAAGCACGACAACAUCAAAGGAACUAACAACAGCCAGUACAACAAUCCAGGAAUUGACAACCAUCGUUGCAGCAUCUCAAGAAAUAACAACUUCAAAAAAGCAGAAGCCAUCAACCACUACUUCAACAAUUCGGGAACUAGCAAUAACUACAACAGCUGGGGCUCAAACAGCAUCCACUACAACAACUAUUGAGAACAUAACAACACCAAUCCUCAUCGCCUGCUUUUGUCCGUGUAGACAGAGUAACUACACGGUCAGUGAGCUUGAAGCCAAACUAGAGAAUUUAAAGGAGCAGACAAGAAUUGACGAAGAAACGUUAUCGUCUACGAUAAGAAAGAGGACUUGUGCCGACGAUCCUCGUCCCUCUGUGGCCUAUGUAGGAUACAUUGGAAUAGGGUUUCUAACUUUCAUAUCCUUUGGAAUUUUACUGCCGGACAUUUUUCAAAUGAUACAAACACUAGAACGACUUCGUGAAACAAAUUAAAACAGUGUUAGAAACAAUGAAACACUGGUGACAUUACCAAAAUGGUGGAAAACAUUAAACAGUGUGAGAAACAAUGAAACACUGGUGACAUUACCAAAAUGGUGGAAAACAUUAAACAGUGUUAGAAACAAUGAAACACUGGUGACAUUACCAAAAUGGUGGAAAACAGUAAAACAGUGGCGGAAAAAAUUAUAACGGUUGUCGAAAACAUUGAAACAGUGGUCGAAAACGUUAAAGUACUGAUGGAAAAUAUCAUAACAGUGCUGGAUAACAUUAAAACAGUUGUGGAAAAUAUUAAUACAGUGGUGGAAAAUAUUAAAACAGUGUUUGGAAACAUAAAAACAUUGGUGGAAAAUAUCAAAUCAAUAGUAGAAAAACAUUAACAAAAUGGUGGAAAAAAUUAAA